CGCAGCCAAUCAGCGCGGAGCGCGGGCACAGGCGGGAGCCCCGCGCGCGCGCGGGCCGGGCUGGGGCAGCGGAGGGAGCGGCGGCGCCAUGUUGUGUGUUGCCUGUGUACGAGGCAAGAAGGAAUAACAUGUCAACGCUUGAAUAACAAGAAAGAAUAACGUGUCAAGAAUAACAAUGCAAAGCUCCAAGAUGAGUGGUAAAGCAACACAAAAAACCUCCGUUUUUGAGGUAUGAAGUACAAACAGAAACCUUGUAUUACCGUACAGAAAAAGGGGAAACUGAAUGAUACAAGGAAAGAUAUAUGCAAAAAACAUGACACUUUGAUUAACCACUAGAUUUGCUUGUGAAUAGUCUGAAGAACCAAGUUCUGUAGAUGCCAAGGAGGAACUCUUGGAUGAAUGUGAGAGUAUCUGGGAGCAGAUGGAAGAGUGUCAGAGCAAGCUAACACUUAUAAGAGCAGAACCACUGGCAGAAUCAGAUGCCAAACUUUCCUUGUUAAUGAUGCGAAUGAAAGCUUUAACAGCGGAGUUUACUCAAUGGCAGAAAAGAAGUCCUGAAAUAAUUUCGACUAAUCCAGAGGUACUGCUAACAUUAGGAAAAGAAGAGUUGCAGAAAGUAAAGAAAGAUCUUGAAAUGGUGCUGUCAACAGUUCAGUCAAGGAAUGAAAAACUGAAAGAAGAUUUGGAAAGAGAACAGCAGUGGCAUGACGAACAGGAGAAGAUACUAGAUGCUCUUAAAGAAAUUGAAAAAAAGAUGGAAAAUGAAGUUGUAUCACAUUCCAAAAAAAGAGCAUUCCGAGAACUGAAAGAUGAAAUCUUGAAAGUAAAGGCAUAUAAGGAAGAACUCUUGAAUGCUUUGGGUGAGUUCCUAGAAGAACAUUUUCCCCUUCCGGAGGAAGAUGGAAGAGCUAAAAAGAAAAAAAAGAAAAAGUCUGAAGAGUCAGCUACACAACUGAUAACACUGCAUGAAAUUUUAGAGACCCUUAUAAAUAAAUUAUUGAGGACACCGCAUGAACCCUAUGUAACAAUCAACGACUCAUUUUGGCCACCUUAUAUUGAGCUGCUUCUGCGAUGUGGAAUUGCCCUGAGACAUCCAGAAGAUCCAGACAGGAUACGCCUAGAAGCCUUUCACCAAUAGUGUGAAGAUUUCUUUUCUUUAAAACAGAGCAAAGCACCAGUCCUCUUCUUGGGAAGACAUACUUAUGUUUUAUGAUGAAUGUAUGUGUUUGUAUCAGCAACUUGAUCAGUAAAGAACUUAGUAAUCUGUUUAACUUAAAAGUCAUAUUUUGUAUGUGACUAUUCUGUGCUUUUUAACUCUUCUCAAUUUCAUUUGGUAUUUCUAUGCAGUCUGUAGAGUGAAGAUCUGAAGUAGCUUGACUCCUUUAUGAACAAUAUGUUGUUUCCUAGAGGCUUUGCAAAUAAAUAUAUUGCUCUUAAGAUAUACACUGUGGAAAGUUGACACAUCUUUCUGUGCAAAGGGCUGAUGAUGUUGAGCAUUUAACUCCACAACUGCGUAUUUCCUUAACUGCCUCUUUUUGGGUUAUGCUGUGUCUCAGAGAUGUGAAACCUAAAUAGAAAGGGCAGACCUGUACAGUGGAUUAAAAUCAACCACUGAGUAUCAAA